AUGGGCGCCACUUGGAGGCCGAAGUGUGAAGCCAUGGCAUUUGAAGACCCUUUUCCUUUAUCAUGCCAUCUUUCUCCUCUCCAUUGUAGAACCGACAAUUAUUCUGCGUUGGAUUGGAACUGCAAUUUUGGAUUUCCGGAUAGCUUUUUUGACGUUGUUCCUUUGCUUGAGAGUUGCGCAAAUAAUGACUCGUUUUUCGACCCCAAGGACAUAGAUCCUUUUAGCAGUUUUAUAUCAGAAGAUGGGGGCGUUGGGAUUUGGAGUGAAUUGGAGAGUGAAGCAUUUGGGGUUGAGGAAGGAGGCGGAGAAAAUGGUAAUGGAGGGAUGGGAAACGAGGGGACGAUGAUGAGGAAGGCUAAAAGAAAGUGCUGCAGAGAAACGAGCAAUGGCAGUGGCAGUGCAUCAACAAAAGCGUUGUCAAGAGAAGUAAUAUCGGAGUACUUCUACAUGCCCAUAACUCAGGCAGCUAAACAUCUCAAUGUCGGACUCACUCUGUUGAAGAAGAGAUGCAGAGAAUUGGGUAUAAGAAGAUGGCCUCAUAGGAAGCUCAUGAGCCUACAGACACUAAUCAAGAACGUUAAGGAGCUUCAGAAGGAAGAUGGAGAUCAGGGAGUGAAUAAGUUGAGCAAUGUAUUGAAGAUAUUAGAGAAUGAGAAGAAAUUAAUGGAGGAGAGACCAGAUUUGCAGUUGGAGGACAAUACAAAGAGGCUUAGACAAGCCUGCUUCAAGGCCAACUACAAGAAAAGAAAGCUUUCAGGAACCAACAAUGGCUCCCAGUAUUUCUCCAUUAAUGGUGGAAUGAUUUGCAGAGAUGAUCAAGAACAUGGGGAGGAGGAGGAGGAAGAAGAUGAUGAAGAAAUGAAAUAUCUGUUGAUGGGUUGCUCGUUUUCGUCGAGUAUUGGCAGCCCAUUGAUGUAAUAAAAAACAUUACUGUUCGUUGGAUUUGAUUGGUCGUUGUGAUCGAACACAGCAAA